GCUUCAUCUCGGUCAUUCUCAAUCUCAACGCUGUCCUUUCUGUUGAUUAGACAAAUCCUCUUCUGUUCAGUGGGGAUCGUUACCUUUAAAACACAAUGCGAAGCGAGUUGAUCGUCUGUCUUUGGAUAUUUCUCACUAAAGGAGUGUUUGGUGUUGGCAGAGAUGAAAUGAAGACAGAAGAAGUGAAGACGGCGCUGGGACAGUCUGUAACUCUACACAGCGGUGUAGAGGAAUAUCAUCAGAUCAUCUGGAUGUUUGAGGACAGGAAUAUAGCUAACUGUAGGGGAAACACAGAUGGGACUGGAUCAUGUGAGAUCACUGAUGAGAGACUCAGAGACAGACUGGAGACAGACAAUCAGACCGGAUCUCUCACCAUCAUCAACAUCAGCACUGAACUCACUGGACUUUAUAAACUACAGAUCAUCAACAGCUUCUCUAAAAAGACGUCAUACAAGCAGUUCAGUGUUACUGUCUCUGGAGUGUUUGGUGUUGGCAAAGAUGAAAUGAAGACAGAAGAAGUGAAGACGGCGCUGGGACAGUCUGUAACUCUACACAGCGGUGUAGAGGAAUAUCAUCAGAUCAUCUGGAUGUUUGAGGACAGGAAUAUAGCUAACUGUAGGGGAAACACAGAUGGGACUGGAUCAUGUGAGAUCACUGAUGAGAGACUCAGAGACAGACUGGAGACAGACAAUCAGACGGGAUCUCUCACCAUCAUCAACAUCAGCACUGAACUCACUGGACUUUAUAAACUACAGAUCAUCAACAGCUUCUCUAAAAAGACGUCAUACAAGCAGUUCAGUGUUACUGUCUCUGGUGGGUAA